AUGUUGUGGCCCAAGUUAGUUUGUUUCGCAUUGGUCGCUUUGGCCUUUGGCCAGCUUUAUCAGGUGGCCAGCGAGGAAUCCAUCGCCGUUUGUCCCACCAACUUCACCCAGCUGGCCGACAAAUGCUACCUGCUGGACGAUAGUUGGAAGAACUUUUACGAGUCGGAUCGUCACUGUCGAUCCCUCAACGCCGGACUCCUGAGCAUUAAGAACGCUAUUGAGCUUAAGGCCCUCAACGAUUGGCUGCCAGUUGUUGCACCCUACCAGCCGGAGUACUGGACAUCCGGCAACAAGCUGGGUCAGACAGGGAACGAUUACUACUGGCAGAGCACCGGGGAGCAGGCCCUCUUCCUUCCCUGGGCUACCGGACAGCCCACUCCCGCCAGCGGAGAUUGCCUGUCUUUCCUGGCCUCCGUCUCCAUGACUCCUGAGGGAACCACUUUGAGUGCCCAUCGCCUGUCCGUGAGGAACUGCACCAAAUGGGCAGCCCACAUCUGCGAGGCUCCACUGCAAUACUUCAAGACCCAGCUAUGCCUCAAUACUACUGCUUUCUUCGAGGCAAAGGUACCAGUCUAA